AUGGAUGCUCUUACCUCCGGUCUUAGACGCAAAGCCUUCGAGCGCCUCGCAUUUUUGGACACCUUAGGCUCCCAGGAGAACUCCUCGAAGCCCAGUGUUAGCCAGUUGAUCAACGAAUGCAGGCCGCAAAGUUCUCAAUCAGGUGGCUUCAGGGAUGGGCUCUCCCAUGGACACGGCAAAGCUCCCAUGGCGCUCCGGGAACUGGAAAUCAUCCUUGCUCUGGCUAAAACCUCCUCAAAUGUUACUCGCCAUGACCAAACCCUGAACCUCACUUCGCAGUUCGCCGGACACUUGACAGAGUCCUACAGCCAGAAAUUUCGAGCGUCCCCUUUUUUACACGAUAUCAAGCCGUCUCCCUGGGAAGCCCUGACACAUGGAUUGACCAAGGGCCUUCUGAAUAUCAGCGUGAACGAUACCACGGUCCGCGAACAUGCCACUGGCGCCAUCAUGAUAUAUCUGAAUAACUGCAUGCGGGCUGUGAAGGGAAUGGUCAAAGGGGGAAUUGAGCGAUCCGAGUUCGAUGCUGCCAUUGGACCAGUCGAGAUCUUGAUCAUCGCCCUUUCAUUAGUCGGCUUUCUGGAAGCCGCCUCGCACUCCACGGAGCUGUGGAAUGCAACAGAGAAGCUAGCCAUGGUUGAGCGGCUAGGGAGUAUCCUAUCUGUCAACUUUCUCGUAGCAGUGGAGACUGCAGCUUCGAAAAUUCGGAAUUCGAAUGCAACAGAUUCCACUUCACGAGAUUGGAAGAGAUAUAAUCGAAGAUAUGCUGCUCAGCGACGGCCAUUAGGCGCUAUGUUAUUGCAGCAGUGCUUCUCACACUUUAUCAAGUCUUGUACAGUCACUACAAUUCUAGGCCGUGCUGCCCCGGACGAUACAUCGUUUCUAGAGAAGUAUGCAGAUGGGAAAGUUGUGGCCAGGAUUUCCAAUGACGUUGAAGAAGUUGCACUGGUCAAGCACCUUGUAGGCGUUCUGACCGAUAAAAUACAACUUCUUGAAGACGGCGCCGACUACCUACAGAUUGGUUCUCAAUGGCAACAGGAACUUGCUUUCUCGGUGAAGGCCUCAUGCUUAGUCGCCUUCUUGAACUGUAUGGCUUUGAAUGAGGAACUGGCCGAUACUGACCUGUUGCUUUCAUGGCUCGAAGAUACUGUGGCCGAUCAAAGUCAGAUGGCAGCCUUUGAUUUAGCAACCACGGCGCUCAAAGUCAUGGCGGGCACUGCAAAGCUUUUCCCUGCCAAUGCCUCUACUUUGAGCCAUCUUUUGUUGAAGUUCAUAACGCAAGGUGGCACAAGUCAAUUGAUUGUCUCCGUCGCAGCUAAGUGUCUCGCAAAAAUUCUUGAAGUGUUAUCUCAAGAUUUUGUAAUUACCACGCUCUAUUCAUUGAGUAAUGUCUUGAGCCCGACAACAACGGGUGCUGAACGUCCAGUGCAACUCCCUGCUGAAGCCUCCGGAAGUAGUCCUUCUGUGGAUGCUUAUCAUUCGAAUGCCGACAGCGUCGUCUCUCUCUCUUAUAAUGGCGAGGAGGAUUCUACGGUCACGCACCGUAACGUUAUACAUGCAAUUGUCACAAUCGCUGUCAACUGUGACGAUGAGAAUAUCGCAGCUCUAGCUCAAUCCAUGCUCCUUCAAAAAAUUGGCAGAAUCAGCAUCAUAGCUGAUGCAUACAUCAUACAAGAAACUGCUAGCCUGGCAUUAGUUAACAAGCCCUCGGAGUUUCAGCUUUUAUUGAAAUUCUACACUCGCCUUCACCAAGAAGCUCUACUUAGGGACCACAGUAUCAUCGCUGACGCAGUCCAUAACGCAAGAAACCGUCUGUCUGUGGCACUAAGGCAUAGUCCAUCCCACAAGGCCACUUAUCUCGUGCAUCUGUUGGAAGGUAUUAUCAGUAAAGGGGACGUGUCAGACCUCGGACAUGACAAACAUAGGGAUAUUACUCUAUCUCCUGACGAUAUCACCCCAUACCUUAAGCCACUCGCGCUUUUGGUUGCGACGGAUGUGAAUAAAGAGGAGGAUGUUGGAGAGCCUACACAAUACGAUGAAGAUACAGCUUCUUUGUUCCGGGAUGCCUGGUUCAACAUUGCCGUGCAUGGGAUCUCAGUUCAGUCUGAUAUUGGACGGCGAUAUAGGAGUGAGCUAUGUGGUAUUGCGGAGAAGUCGCCUCCGUUGGUCCCCGAGAAUCGGACUGAAAUACUAGAAAGUGAUGUUGAACUGAAUAUCAUCUUGAGGCGCGGCAUGGGGCAUCAACGGCUAGCUGAGCAGAGGAAACUUCUCAGUAGUGAGCUUCCAGAGCAUGAGUCCAGUCUCAAGCGUAUCAGCUAUCAGGAAAUCAUCUUCUUGAAUGCGAGCUUAUUGAUCGAGAGUCUUCGAGCCUCAGCCGGGGACUGUACAAGGAUUCUCUUAUAUUUCUUGGAUCCAACACUGAGAUCAUCUGAAUUGGGCAAAUGCAUGAAAGCUGUUGCGGACAAAGUCAUCGAUACAUAUUUGUCCAAAACUCUUUCCGGUACCGGCGAACGUUUUGCUAGCCCACAUUUAUCCAAGCAGCUCGCGAGGAUUUUCAUUACUGGCUGUCAUCGCAUACACCGGGUCCAGGAAGUGGCUUUGGACUGUGCUAGCAAGAUAAUAAGUCGGUCUCCAUCCGUUCUCUGUGAUAGAAAUCCGCUUUUUGUUUUGUUAGACCUACUUACUAUCAUGUGGUCAUCCUGCCUUGAAAACGACUUGGACGAAUACGGAUGGAAGUCUACUUUCACAAAAGGCGACGUGACAGUUGAUCUAUCUGACAAUCAUGAAUCUAGAAAACGGACUUUAGACUUAUUCCACUCUCGAGCCAAAGCUUGGAUGAUAGUCGCUAUCAAUCUGGCUCCGUUGGACGUGAAGGGUCUUUUACAGACGUAUCUCUCUGACUACGAGGAUGAUGGUGCAUAUGGUCGCAUCUCUUUGGGGCGCUCAUUUGCUCUAGAAAUGGCGUCUCAAAUACCUCAGAGUGACCCCCGAUUGAGCCACAUUGAACGCUACGGCGUUGACCACGUCAACUGUGCUUCUGAUUUGAUUGCUCAGUAUACAACCCGCCAAGAAUAUCGAUACUCGGAGUUCGCCCAGGCGAGUGGAAGACGAAAGGAGAUUGACCAGACCAAUGGCACAGUUGAUCCUUAUCUUACGCGGUACAUUGAAGUGAUAGAGAAUCUGCUGAAGCAGCUUUCACUCAGGGUCUCUGCGGGUUAUGACCUGUCUAGUCACGAGCUACAUGAUGCAUUACGAAAGGCUGCAGCAUUACUUUGCAGAAGCGAUGACGAUCUUCCCUCAAUCGCUCACUAUCUUGUUGACAUACCAUUCCAGUUAUUCACAAAGGAGUCCAUUAAAUUCGGCGUGUCAAUCUGGCUAGGUGUUAUAAAUGAGAACCCAAAAACUGAAUCAAGAAUCUUGGCGGAGGUGGCUUCCGCCUGGGAGUCUACCACUCUAUCUAGGAAGGGCAUAUUCAAUCCUGCUUUCAAUCACCCUGACCCUUUCUUCACGGCCAUAGAAUUACUUCCUUCGGACAAGACAGCACUUCUCCGAGAGCAGCAACGGGCUCAAGACGUUUUAUCUCCUCAUUUGCGCAUUUUGCAGUUCUUCGAAAGUCACUUCAGUGCUAUACGGCUGGCGAGUUCACAUUUGCAACGCAUCUUCUUGCGAGCAAUUAGCAGAACGCUUAUUGCCUUACAGUAUACCAAUGGCCACCCUCUUUCUCGAGAAGUUCAUUUUCAUAUCGUCUUGCUAGGAUUGAGAAUACUUCAAUACUCAACCACGCAGAGCCGUCCCUACAAAUGGAAAUUGAAAGAUCAAAUAUUAUCAGCUGCUCUUAGCUGGUUCAGACAUCCUCCCAGGUGGUCCUUUGGCGGUAAUCGCCUCCAACUAAAAGCCGAAGAUCAAGUUCUGAAAGAUGUUGAAGACGCGUUGAAAUACACUGUAAAUUUGUCUUCCUCAAACGUAGGCCGUCGUCAAUCAUUGCGAAACAAACAGGAACUUCUACAACAUCUGAUUGAAAAUGAACGAAUGCGCCUUCGAGUUUGGCUUUAUCCCCUCGAGCAGGAAAAGAAGCACUAUAUAACCGGUUUCGGAGGUAAAAAUCAAUCUGAGGCUAUCAUUGAUCAGCUUUUACGCACUGCUUGGGCCGAGAACGCAAGCUUAGCGAUUCAGAUCUGUACUCGUUUUCCGUCCCAGAAGAUCCACAACGAUGUGCGUUGGUUACUCCUUAAUUUUCCGGAGAAGGCGAUGGAAGUUCCGGAAAGUUUGGAAAUGAUGUUUGGUCCUUCUUUGCCAGCAGAUGUUACCCAUCAAUUGAAGUAUCUUUUAUACUGGAGCCCGGUAUCCCCUACUGAAGCUCUAACAUACUUUCUACCUGCCUAUGGAAAUCAUCCAUUCAUACUUCAAUAUGCCAUGCGGGCUUUAGAAAGCCACUCCAUCGAUGUCAGAUUCUACUUCGUCCCACAACUUGUACAGGCUUUGCGGUACGAUGCCUUGGGCUAUGUCGAACGUUACAUAUAUGAGUCUGCCAAACUUUCUCAGUUGUUUGCCCACCAGGUGAUUUGGAACAUGAAGGCAAACGCCUACAAAGAUGAAGAUUCUGAAACUCCGGAUUCGAUCAAACCUACGCUGGACAAAUUCAUGGACAGACUAGUGUCCAGCUUCUCUAAUGAAGAACGCGAUUUCUAUGAGCGAGAAUUCUCCUUCUUCAACGAAAUCACUGGCGUUUCUGGUAAAUUACGUCCAUAUAUCAAGAUGAGUAAACCAGAAAAGAAACAGAAAAUCGAAGAGGAGCUCCGCAAGAUCAAAGUGGAGGUCGGAGUCUACUUGCCCAGCAACCCGGACGGUAUAGUUGUUGGGAUUGAUCGCAAGUCAGGAAAACCGCUGCAAAGUCAUGCAAAGACGCCGUAUAUGGCCACAUUCCGAAUUCAAAAGACUAAAGCACUUGAAGGUAAACCAUCAGUAGACAAGAAACAACUUGAUAAAGAGAAAUCACAAGAUCAAGAGACAUAUGAAGUUUGGCAAUCGGCGAUCUUCAAGGUCGGGGAUGAUUGUCGACAAGACGUCCUGGCACUACAAUUGAUAGCAGCGUUCAGGAGUGUGUUCAACUCUGUCGGUCUAGACGUUUGGGUCUUUCCCUACCGUGUUACAGCCACUGCGCCCGGCUGUGGAAUUGUUGAUGUAUUGCCAAACUCGAUCUCGCGAGACAUGCUUGGCCGUGAAGCAGUCAAUGGACUUUACGAUUACUUCGUCUCCAAAUACGGUGGAGAAGAAUCAACAAGAUUUCAAGAAGCCCGCACGAACUUCGUCAAGAGCAUGGCAUCGUAUUCGGUCAUUUCAUAUCUGCUUCAAUUCAAAGAUAGACAUAACGGUAACAUCAUGAUCGAUGACGCAGGCCACAUCAUUCAUAUUGAUUUUGGAUUCUGUUUCGAUAUUGCGCCAGGAGGUGUUCGAUUUGAGCGGGCACCGUUCAAACUUACCUCUGAGAUGGUAGCAGUCAUGGGCGGCGGACCACAUCUCACCGGCAACAAUUCCAACGGCAGCGGUAUUUCUACAGGCGGUAUCAACAACUCCUCUUCUAGUAGUUCCAACUCAUCACCAUCGGGAUCCUCCGCCCUUCGUCUUCCCAUACCAGGAACACAUUCUCAUGACCCAACAACCACUCAACCUUAUCAAUGGUUCGAAUCACUCACAAUCAAAGCAUUCCUUGCAUCUCGGCCAUACGCCACGAAGUUUAUCCAAAUCGUCACUAUGAUGCUUGAUAGUGACCUGCCCUGCUUCAAACCAGAUACUAUCAAGAAUCUCCGUGACCGAUUUGUCCUUGACAAAACUGAGAGGGAAGCGGCAGAUUAUAUGCGGGAAUUGACGCGCAAGAGUUACCUGAAUAUCUCGACAAAGGGCUACGAUCAGUUCCAGUUGUUGACUAAUGGUAUUCCUUACUGA